AUGUUUGAAAUUAAGAUUCGUGCAAUUGUUGGAAUAAUGAUAUUUCUGGGGUAUUUUUUGAUGUAUGUUGUCCGUUAUAAUCUAAGUGUACACAUUGUUGACAUGGCUCAAAUACAGAAGAGAGAGUCUUUAUACCAAAAACUUAAUCUGAGCGAGGUUAUAAAAUAUUAUAGUGUCAGAAAUGGGAUGAUCGACCUGAUCAGUUGGGAUAACAUGAAAAUGGGGCGAUUAUUUUGUGCAUAUCAUAUUGGAUAUUGCGUGUGCUUCCCCAUAUUUCACUCGCUAGGAGACAGAUUAGGUCCUACAUGGGUUGUCGCAAUAUCUGGAAUAAUUUCAGGUGUACUGUGUUGCCUUACUCCGGCUUCUGCUUAUUACAACUUUUGGCUCCUCUUUAUAGUUCGCGUCGUCAAAGGCUUCUGUGCAGGAGCAAUGCAACCAAAUAUGGUCCAAGUAUUGACAAACUGGGUACCACCUAUAGAGAGAAAUCAUUUUAUGUGGGCCUACUGUGGCUUCACUAUGGGAACUUUCUUCACGUUUCUUAUAUGUGCCGCAAUUCAGUACUACUCACGUUGGCCAGUGGGUUUCUACUUAGCGGGUGGCUUGCAGAUACUGUGGGCAGUUGUUUGGGGUUUUACAGUCACCGACUUACCUAGAAAACAUCCAUGUAUAUCAGAAAAGGAAUUGACGUAUUUAAUAAACGCUAUCAGUACUAUAUUUAGUAUCAAAUUGACGAAUUCACAUACGCCUUGGAAGCUGAUAUUGAGAUCUGUGCCCUUUUGGGCACUUUGUAUUUUAAACUUUGGAUAUUCUUGGAUGAUUAUUUCUUUGUGUAUUCACGGUCCUCUAUUUUAUUCCAAGGUUGCACGAUACAAUAUUUAUAGCGCAUCAGCACUAACUUCAAUACCAUUUUUCUUCCGAUUAGUGCUGGGAACCCUCCUAAUACACGUGUUUCAUUACUACAAACAAAGAACGGGUACACACAGAAUUACAAAUAUUAGAAAGCACUUAAUCAUUGUGUCGCACGUGAUCCCUGGUCUAAUACUCGGUGUAACAUGGUUGCUUCCUGUAAUACCUGGACCAAUACUUUUAAGUAUAGCAGUAUCGCUAACGGCAGCUGGAAUGGAUCUUACACUGGAUCUUUGUCAUGAACUGACACCAACGUUCAUGAAUUCAAUUAAUACGGUCAUUAAGAUUAUUGGAAACACGUCAGGUAUUAUAAUAUCUCUUUGUGUUGGUCAAGUAACAGAGAGAUAUAAGAAUUUACCUUAUGUUUGGAAACAUAUUUGGUGCUUCCACGGGACUGUCCUAUUAGUGAGCGGAUGUAUAUUCUUGAUGCUGGGUGAAACGCAAGUACAGCCAUGGAAUUUUACAAGAAGCGUUAAACCUCGUCAUAACUAUUCAAUUCAGCCACCAACAACAAUGUCAGAUAUAAUAGAAGUUGAAGAAGACAGAUCUUCACUAAGAAUGUCACCAACAACGACUUUACAUUGA